AUGUCUGUGGGUGCUAUCACAACUGCUGGUGGUGCGAGCUGGCGGGAUGUCGCAGCUGAUCGGCAACGGCAUCGAGACGCUACCAUCGCAGAGCUUCGCCCUCCGCUGCCCGUAUUACUAGCUAAUGAUAUACCACUCAACACCACGAGCAUCCCAGAUGGAAUAUUGACCGACGAAGAGCGCGCCAUCACGGGCGCCAACGUCGAGGACCUCCUCGUGAAGCUAGCAGCGGGGGAAUGGAGCUCUACCGCCGUCGUCCAGGCCUUUAUGCGCCGCGCCGGUCUAGCCCAAAAACUGGUAAAUUGCGUGACCGAGCUGCUCCCGGACCGGGCCCUCAGACGGGCAGCCGAGCUCGACGAGUAUCUGGCCACCCAUAAGAAGCCCAUUGGUCCGCUCCACGGCCUGCCGAUCAGCGUCAAAGAACAUAUCGGCAUGAAGGGUCUUGACUUGAAUAGCGCAUUCAUUGGUAGCGUUAGCAACAUAGCCGAAAAAGACUCAGUGUUGCUAGAGCCGCUUUGGAAUGCUGGCGCAGUCUUUUAUGUAAGAACAACUGAACCGCAGACUAUGAUGCAUCUUGAAACUUGCAGUAAUUUACAUGGAGGUUCUAUUCGCUCGCCCGCAGCCGCAGUCGGCAUAUUUGGCUUCAAACCAACUUCCGGCCGCAUUGCCACGAAAGGGUGUCUGGACGGCCUGAAAAUCUUCGUCAAGAUCGUCGUAAAUGGCAAGACGUGGCUCAAAGUUCCAAGUGUGGUGCCAAUGGAGUGGAGGGACAUUUCGUCCUACUUUCCCGACAGAAAACUUAAAGUUGGCGUUCUCUGGGACGAUGGCGUCGUCAAGCCGCAUCCACCUAUAAAUAGAGCCAUGACAGAUCUCGUUGAGAAGUUGAAAAAUAAUGGGAAUGUCGAACUUGUAGACUGGAAGCCCUGGAAACAUGAUCUAGCGUGGGAGAUCAUUGCGUCUCUAUACUUUGCCGAUGGCGGUAAAGAAGAAAUAAGCUAUGUCGAAUCUUCAGGAGAACCUUUCCACCCUUUAUCUAAAUGGAUCAUUCAAGACAACCCGCAUGUGAAAGAGCACGCCGUCCGAUCUCUGUGGGACAGGGUCAUCCAGAGGGAUGGGUACCGGGCAGAUUACGUCGCGUUAUGGAACGAGACCGCCAAGGCGACUUCGGAUGGUAAGAUGGUCGACGUCAUCCUGUGCCCCGCGGCUCCAGGCGUAGCUGCGAAGCUGAAUACGUCGAAGUACUGGGGCUACACCUCCCAGUGGAACUUGCUUGACUAUCCGGCCGUCGUGUUCCCAGUUCAAGACCAAGUUAGUGUAGAGAAAGAUGCCCCCUACGCUUAUCCGGGAGACUAUAAACCAAAGAGCGCGAGCGAUGCGUAUAAUUGGAAUCUUUGGAGGGAACACGGGUCUGAAGGUUACCGGGACGCCCCGAUUUGUCUUCAACUGGCGGGCAGGAGAUUCAAUGACGAGAGCUUAUUAGAGGCACUAGAGAUUAUCCUUCAAGAAGCUGGGUUGCCAACUACAUGUUGA